GCGAAACAAAGAAUAUAUAUUGGAUAUCUGAGACCAUUCAUGAAGUUGUUCUGCCGUACAGCUGGAGCACGAAUACAACAGAUGAUUCAUAGGAUGCUCAAAUAUUAAUUUGGGGAAAUGGGCAUCUAAGUCCAGUGUUUUCGUUUUUUACCGCGCCGGCCCCCCGGGAGCCACACGCAACACAUCAGCAGCUCGGCACCUUGACCGACAUGUCUGUCCAAAACGUCACGACCCCUGCAAACAAAAUCGGCGAGCCCCAGGAGCUGAACAUCACAAACUACGUUCUGAUUGGCAUCUCUUUCUGCACCAUUACGGCCAUCGUCCUGCUGGGGGUGCUGUGGCUCAGAAAAUAUCGCUCACUGGAGCGGAUCAUCCAGGACCUACGCGGCGUGGGGGCAAUGAUUCACGCCCAGCCUCCCGAGUCUCCGCACACGUCCACCUCCACCAACCUGCAGAGACAGGAGGAAGAAGCCUUGGAUCCAAGACUCCAGAUGCAGAAGACCAAGUCAGUCUCCAAGUCGCUCUGGAAACCACCACAGCAGGGUCCCCGGUUCACGAAGGCUGAUCUGACCCUGCUGCAGCUGAUCAAGGCUGGAAAGGAGGGCGUGUUUUACAAGGCCAGGAUGAUUCGUGGCACCUGCAAGGGUCACUCCCUAUUCACCUGCAAGAUCAGCAAAGAGGGGGUCUCCCGCAAGCGGGUGGAGAUGGAGGUGUCCAUCAUGAGGAAGCUGGUGCAUCAUAAGAACAUCCUGCAGCUCCUGGAUUGGAACUCCGCUGAGGAGCCCUACGUGUUGAUCAUGGAGUGUGUGAGCUUCGGGACCCUGCGCAGUUUCCUGCAAGCGCACAGGGACACCCUGUGUGUGGACAUCGAGCUGCAGAACCUCUUCACCAUUGCGUCCUACCACAUUGCCCUGGCCUUGGAACACCUGCGCUCAAAGAUGGUGGUGCACUGUGACCUGGCACUGAGGAACAUCAUGGUCAACCGCUUCCCCAUGGAAGUGAAGCUGGCAGAAUUUGGGCUGGCCAGGGAUCUGACCCGGAUGAGGAGCCGCCGGAGCAGCUGCAAGAAACGUUUUGGGGAGAGAGUUCCUUUGCGAUGGUACCCACCCGAGUACUUCAGAAACAACUAUUACGGCUUUAAGGGAGACGUGUGGGCAUUUGGCAUCGUACUGUGGGAGAUGCAGACUUUUGGAACAUUACCAUAUCCUAAUCUGGAGACAUCAGAGGAAGUGGUUUACUACAUCAGCGCCGGCCACAGGAAUAUAGACCCUGAGGGCUGCAGGCCUGAGAUCCUGCAGAUAAUGAAGGACUGCUGGUUGGAGCCUUACACCUCCAGGCCUUCGUUCGCAGACAUUGUCAGGAUCCUGGAUAACAUCCUAGAGAACGAUGCUGACUACGUGGACGUGGACAAUCAAAGGCUCCUGGGACCGGUGAGCCAUGAAAGUCUGCAUUCUGAGCCUUUAUCAAGGUUCCAGGACUAG